UGGAGGGACGUGCACGGGUGACGGAAGGGGGCUGGGGAUCUAUAAAAGGUCAGCCUCGGUGUGAACGGAGAGGUCAUCGCCAAAAGAACCGCUCAGAACCUUUCUCAGCGCGCUCGUUUACAACUUUUGCAGCUUCGUAUUCCCGAGCGUUCUCUAAUCUUCCCCCCCCCACACGGUUUCUUCAAACGCACCCUAAAGUCAUGGCUGACUUUGAGACGAUUCUGAAGUUUUGGGCUCCAGUGGAGGAGGACUUCAACACAUACGGCGGUCUGGUUCUGGCUCGUUUAUUCACUGAGCACCCCGACACCCUGAAGCUGUUCCCCAAGUUUGCGGGAAUCGCCCGAGCGGACCUUGCCAGAAACGCGGCCGUUUCUGCCCACGGCGUCACGGUGCUGAAGAAACUGGGGGAGCUGCUGAAAGCGAGGGGCAAUCACGCCGCCAUCCUCAAGCCGCUGUCCAAGACGCACGCCACCAAACACAAGAUUGCCCUCGUCAACUUCAAGCUGAUCACAGAAGUCAUCGUGAAGGUCUUGGAGGAGAAGGCAGGCCUGGACGGCGCCGGCAAGCAAGCGCUGAACGACGCCAUGGACGUCGUCAUUGCCGACGUCGGCGCCGACUACAAAGAGUUGGGCUUCGCAGGCUGACCUUAGCUUGCGGAAAGGAAUGCCGCUGGCUUGGAAAUUAGCCGACAAAGUAAUAUUACUAAUACAGAAUAAAGUAUUCCAUAUCUAUAUUGGAAUCUAACGCAUUGGAGAUAACGGAUCGGUACGGCAGAAAAGUGUGAUGAAAUGUUUUGUUGUUCACGUUUGUGACUGCACGGGAAUAAAAACGUGUAAAUCAAUCACUGCUGCAUACAUUAUGAAUCGUAAACGUGACUGAACAUAAAACUUUACACACUCAGGGGAAGGUUGAAGGAAGCACAAUUGAAGAUUUUUUUUUUUUUUUUAAAGGCCACCGAUUGAAAUUUGAGAUUUUCUAUCGCUCAGACUUUUGAGUCUCAUGGUGACGUUAGUCUCAAGUCAGCUGAUCAGUGAAUAAUUGGUGCCAGAAAUGGACUGCGUGCAGCUCCAAUAAGUCUAAUAAUGUAUCAUAGAAAAUGUAUUUCAGUAAUUCAUCACAUUUAUACUGUGCAGAUGAAUUAAAUGUGUAGAAAAAUACUUUUUGGAAGACCAAGCACAACCUAACUUCUAGCUAUUAAAUAUCACUUGGGGAUUUUUUUUCUCAUGUAAUAUUGUAAAUUCUGAUGGUCA